AUGUUUGAUUUAUGUAUCUCUGCAAAUUCAACGACUCUCCUCCACCCUCCAUGUCUUGAACGAGAGAGACAGGCUCUUAUGAAGUUCAAAGCAUCUCUGAAUGAUUCAUCAAACAUGCUUUCCUCAUGGCAUGGCGAUGACUGCUGCCGAUGGAAAGGGAUCGGUUGUGAUAAUGUUACUGGUCAUGUUGUCAUGCUUGAUCUCACCACUCCUUUUGUGAAAUGCCGGAGACCUAUGUGGGAAGAAGAAUAUUGGUUAAGAAGUGAUGAUGAGGACAACUGUGGCCUUUUAUACAGUCAAUAUUUAGAUGCUGGGAAUGUUAAUUCAUCGCUGCUGGAACUGGAAUACUUGACUCAUUUGGACUUGAGUGGAAAUCAUUUCUAUCAGAGUCCCAUACCCAUGUUCAUUGGUUCUAUGCACCGCCUCAGGUAUUUAUCCCUCGGUGGUGCUGGUUUUGUCGGGACAAUACCCAGCAAUCUUGGAAAUCUCACCAACCUCCACUUUCUUGAUCUGAGUUGGAAUGAAUUUUCACCAGCCAGCAACAUCAAUUGGAUUUCUCAACUGCCAUUGCUGGAGCACCUCGACAUGAGCUAUAUUUACACUGGGUUUCAGGUUGAUCACACCAUCAAUGCUCCAAAACUUCAAUUCCUAAGUCUUGCCGGCAAUGGACUUACACUGUCAAGUCCAAAUGCUUUUCAAAACAUGACAUCUCUUGUGUAUCUUAAUCUUCAUCUGAACCAUCUUUUUUCAAUUUCAUCUUGGCUUGGCAACUUCAAGAAACUUGAGUAUCUUGAUCUUUCCGAUUGUGGGCUUCAUGCCCCAAUUCUAAAUGCUUUGCAAAAUACAACUUCCAUUGAAUCUUUGAGCCUUUCUGAGAACAACUUCGACUCUCUUCCAUUCUGGUUUCACAAAUUUGAGAAACUUAAGCAUCUUUAUCUUUCAUCUAAUAAAUUCCAGGGUCCAAUUCCCGAUGCUUUACAAAAUAUGACUAGCAUUGAGUCCCUUGACCUUUCUGACAAUUCUUUCACUUCAAUUCCAUCUUGGUUUAUUGAGUUAAAGAAACUUGUCUACCUCAGUCUUUCAGGUAAUAAAUUAACAUCAAUGGAAUAUUCCGUUUCUUCCAUUUUGGAAAAUAUGUGUCACCUAAAAGGGUUAGAUUUAUCAAGAAAUAGACUCCGAAUAUCCAUUGGAAAUAAUGAUUUGUCUACCUUCGUUAGACAUGAUUUGGAGAAUCUUGACUUGAGUCAAAAUGGAUUUAGUGAUCAAUUGCCAUCUUGGUUAGGACAACUUGAAAAUCUAGGCCGCCUUUAUCUCCAUGAUAAUUUUUUCUAUGGUUCCAUUCCCUCUUCUUUUGGAAAAUUACUAAAAUUGAAAAUUUUAAAUCUAUACAACAACAAGUUAGAAGGGGACGUUCCUAAUUCAUUAGGACAACUUGUAAAUUUACAUGUCGUCGAUCUUUCAAAAAAUUCAUUUAAUGGAACCAUUACUCAAAAUCUUGGACAACUUGUAAAUUUACAACUUUUUGAUGUCUCAAAUAAUUAUUUAAAGGGAAUCAUUCCUCAAAAUCUUGGAAAACUUGUAAAUUUACAGGUUUUUGAUGUCUCAAAUAAUUAUUUAAAGGGAAUCAUUCCUCAAAAUCUUGGAAAACUUGUAAAGUUACAAGAUUUUUAUGUUUCAAAUAAUUCUUUAACGGGAACAAUUCCUGAAAAUAUUGGACAACUUGUAAAUUUACAAUUUGUGGAUCUAUCUUCAAACAAUUUGGAUGGAACCAUUACAAUGGAAGAGAGUUGGCCUUUGAUUACCUCAGACAUUUGGUAUUUCAAUUUGUCCCAUAAUCAAAUCAGUGGCUCACUUCCUAAACAGAUUGGUGGUAUAAUGCAUUAUUUGGAGAACUUGAUUCUUGUAAAUAACCUUAUAAAUGGCUCAAUUCCAAAAUCAUUGUGCCAAAAUAAGCACUUGAGUAUCCUUGACCUUUCAAAGAACAGACUAUCUGGAAAAAUUCCCAAUUGUUGGAAGGAUAACAAAGCAUGGAAAGAAAUAAAUUUGUCAUCUAACAAACUCUCAGGGGCUGUUCCAAGCUCACUUGGAAAUCUUUCUUAUCUAUUUUGGUUGCAUUUGAACAAUAACAAUCUUCAAGGAGAGUUUCUAGCAUCUGUGAGAAAUUUGACACAGUUGUUGAUUAUGGAUCUCGGAGAGAAUCAGCUUUCUGGCACCAUCCUAUCAUGGAGUGCGAACAUGCUUUCUUCACUACAAAUUCUAAGAUUGCGGCAAAACAUGUUGAGUGGUAGCAUUCCUUCACAGAUAUGUGAACUAUCAUCACUUAAAAUCUUGGACCUUUCCCGCAACAAUUUAAAUGGUUCAAUACCUUGGUGCAUACGCAAUCUUCGAGGAAUGACUCUUCAAGUUCCCACUUUGCCUCCUACUUCACCUGUUGCUGAGGCUCCCGCUUUGCCUCCUGCUAUACCUGUUGAGGAUGCAGCUUUCGAUGCACCUGCUCCUGAGACUCCUGUAAAAAAUUGGCAAACUGAGAAUGUCAAAGAAGUCGUGAAAGGAAGAGAACUUGACUACAUAAGAAUCUUGAAGCUUUUAGUCCACAUGGAUUUGUCCGAGAAUAAUUUGGUUGGCUCCAUUCCGAAAGGAAUAGCAUUGCUCGACGGAUUGCAUAGCUUGAAUCUAUCAAACAAUCAUUUGAUCGGAAAGAUCCCUAACAAGAUAGGGGAUAUGAGAUCACUUGAAUCCUUUGAUGUUUCAAGUAAUCAACUCUCGGGCACAAUUCCAAGCAGCAUGUCAGCUUUAACAUCACUAAGUCAUUUAAACUUGUCCUAUAAUAACUUCUCUGGACCAAUUCCCACAGAAAACCAGUUUCCAACUUUUGAUUCAUGGAGUUAUGCUGGCAACCCAUAUCUUUGUGGAUCUCCUCUACCCAACAAAUGUGGUUAUUCACAUCAAGUUCAAGGGAAUAAUGAAUUUGAAGAUGAAGACAGCAAAACAGAUAAGUUGGAAAAGUGGUUGUUUUACUUUGUGAUUGUAAUUGGCUUUGCAACUGGGUUUUGGGGAGUUAUUGGCACUUUGUGGUUCAGGAAAACUUGGAGGCAUGCUUACUUCAGAUGGGUGGAAGAUUUAGCCGACACGAUCUAUGUCACAACUGCAAUAAGAAUGGCAAAAUUGAAGAAGUGGAUGAUGAAGAGAAACCGUGUUGUCGCUUGAUCAUGUAUUCAUGUGUGUGUUUUUAUUUUUAUUUAGAAGAAUCAAAGGUAGAAAUAAAUUAAGUAAAGUGAAUGAU